AUGAGGGGCGGAUCCGGCCAUGGCAGCGCCGGGAGCGGCGGCGGCGGCGAGCGGAGCCCGUCCGGCAGCACCGGCAGCUCGCCCGGAGCCGGGGGCGCCACGGCGGGGGCCCGGGAGCGCGGGGGCGCGGGCGCGCGGGGCGCGGCGGGGCCGGUGCCCGUCCUGCCCGCGCUGGAGGACUACGAGUGUAAGAUCUGCUACAACUACUUCGACGCCGACCGGCGCGCGCCCAAGCUGCUGGCGUGCCUGCACACCUUCUGCCAGGAGUGCCUGAGCCAGCUGCAGCUCCGCGCCGCGGCCGCGGCCGCCUCGGCGCCCGAGCGCCCGCCGCGCCCCGCGCCCUGGCACGGCCCGCCCGGCGCCAUCGCCUGCCCCGUGUGCCGCCACCGCACGCCGCUGCCCGACAGCCGCGUGCACGGGCUGCCCAACAACACCAAGCUCGCCGAGGCCUGCCCGCUGGCCCUGCGCGCCGCGCACGACCCGCUGCCCCAGGACCGCCUCCCGCCGCUGCCCGCGCGCCGCCCGCCGCCCGCCGCCGCCCCGCCGCCCGCCGCGGGCCCGCCCGCCGCGCCGCCCGCCCCGGACGCCGCCCGCGAGCCCCGCGCCCGCGCCGGCCUGCGCGCCCCGGGCGACUACGAGAGCUGCCAGAACUGCAAGCGCGCGGCGCUCACCGCCGGCUGCGUGUGCGUCGUCUUCUCCUUCCUCGCCAUGGUGGUGCUGCUCUUCACCGGCCUCAUCUUCGUCAACCACUACGGCGCCGGCGGCGGGGCACCCCCAGGCGGCGGCGCGCCCCCCGGAUCGGCCGCGGCGGCCGGGUCGCCCUCGCCCGUGGGGCCCAUCUGCCUGUCGGUGGCGAGCAUCCUGGCGCUCUUCUCGGUCGUCGUCACUUGGGUCAUCUGCUGGCUCAAGUACCGGCCCGAGGGCGCGGCCGCGGGCUCGGCGGGGGGCGGCGGCCCCAGGGCGCGGCUGGCGGCCGGCGGCGCGCGGAGAAGCGACACGUAG